AUGUCGUUUGUGGCACAAAAUUCACAACACUAUGUUCUGGUCAAUGUAUUAAAAGCAUCUAGUGAAAUUCAGAAAAUUCGGGUGAAGAUUAGAAACAAAUGGACUUUGUACAAUCCCAAAGCGGGAAACUCUAUUGAGUUAGUCCUUGCAGAUUUAUCUGAUACGAGAUUGCACGCAUCUAUUAAAAAUGAACUUUUACCGAAACAUAGACAUCUUCUAAACGAUUGUCCAAUUUUAUCAAUCAACGCAUUCAGUCUGAAAGAAUACGUUGGUGAGUUCAGACGCAGUUCUGUUCCUUACAAAUUCUCUCUCCUACUGACAAUGAGGACCAUAGAGUUGACAGAUUUUCCUAAUGAUGUAUCUGAAAAGUAUUUUAUUGACUUUGGUGAGGUAUUAGACGAAAAAUAUGAAAUAAACAUAUUGAUAGGUGUCACUGGACAAAUCAUUCAAGUUGGUAAUGUUGAAGAAGUGAAGACAAAAGGAAAGUCGAACAAUUCUUCCAAACUUCAACUGAUUUUUCCCGAUACAAAGUAA